AUGCGGCCUAGGACUCCUGCCAGCUCAGUGACACCGGCCGAGUGCCUUAAGGCUUCUAGAAAUAAAGUUUACAGAAGUCGUGUUCCUGCGAUAAGAAAUAAAGAUGUGACCUUGCAGUUGUGUAAAGCUCUUAAAUGCUGUGUAAGUAUGUCGGGUGCGCUAAGGAACCUGGAUUUAAAUGGGCUAGUUCUUAGAGAGAGCGACUUAACUAUGUUAACAAAGGGAUUGAAUAAAUCGGCCACUUUGGUGCACCUGUGUCUUGUGAAUUGUCCACUUGGAGAUAGAAGUUUAGAAAUUAUUUGUCAAGGUGUAAAGAACUCUACCACUCUUAAGACAGUAAACUUCACGGGGUGUAAUCUGACAUGGCAGGGAGCAGAUCACGUGGCCAAGAUCUUAAAGUAUCAGACUACCAGAAGGCAUGAAGAAACCUGGGCUGAGAGUCUUCGUUCCAGGAGACCUGAUCUUGACUGUAUGGCUGGUUUGAGGCUCAUCACUCUGAACUGCAACACGCUCAUUGGUGACCUGGGUGCAAGUGCUUUGGCAGAAUCUCUUAGUGAGGAUUUAUGGCUUAGAGGCUCUGCUGCUAAGCCCCAUCCUGUCAGCACAUGCUUCAGCAGUUGGAUUUCAGGGAGUGUGCAGGAGUUCACAUCUAUUCCUCGGACACGACAUCAUCUUGGUUGCUCCUUGUCUCAAACGGCUGGCUUGCUGGGAUGCUAACUCUGCCUUCCAGCGUGUGUGGUAAAGUGUGCUGAGCCGUGGGCAGUAUCUUGCUGACUCCAGACACCCGACUGUGUCUGCAGCCCUUCCUGUCUGUUCCUGCACUACCACAGAGCCUCCUGAAGAAGGCUUUCCCUGCCCUUAGCUGGACGGGCUGGGCCCUCAGGCCAGGCGCCUGAUGUUGAAGCGAGAUGGUCCCCAGACACCCGCCUUCCAGCCUUCCUCCACCUGUGGUCUCAGGGCCAGCUACAAUGGAAUCCCGCCACCCCAGACCUGCAGCCUCAGGAUCUGGGAUCCAGGAAUGUGCAGUUUAUACAGUGUCUCAGGAGACCCAGAAGGCUGGCCGAGGGGAUGAUGGAGGAGCUCGACCAAAUGUGGCUGCGGACGAGUGCUGCCACUGACCUCCCAGCCUGGGCAGGGUGGGGCGGAUGUGGCUGCCUGUGGGAAACCCUCUUCUUGUCUCUAAGGACCCACUUUCUUUCCUCCUUCAGCAUUAGGACACGGAGUAUGGCAGGACUUGUGGGCUGGAUCCCUGGGCUCCAAAGUGUGGAUCUCUGAGAAGUUUCACCCCAUCUCAGCCCGAGAGGUCGUCAAAGCUUCUUCUUCAUGUUCACUGUCGCGUUUCCGGCAGGCUGCUGCUGGCCAUCAUGACAAGAAGCACUCUAGACAGACAGACCCUGUGGGUUUCCUUGUUCUGGGCUGGGCUUGACAGCCACGCGCCUGGGCUCACCUGCUCAGGAAGAGGCAACGGCACGGUGCUGUCCCCGGCAGGCCAACACACCGACACCUGGACCUGGGGACCGGGAGGCCUCCACAGACCUCACCAGCCUGUUCUCCUGCCUUCUCUUUGCUCUUCCCAGCCUCCCAGCCCAGAGAUUUUCCCCUUAGAGAAAACUCCACGGAAGGAGGUUCCCUGGGCUAGCUUGGUCAGUCCUGCCUAUCAGAUAACCAUGGGUUUGAGUAACAGGAUGGGGUCGACCCAGCUGCAAUGUUCUUGCCUUUCAUGAUCCCCUAACCCGAGUCUUCCCAGCCUGCCUCCAUCGUGGAGGGGCUGCUCACUGGCUGGACUUGUUACCAGCCUGGAGGAAGGUGAUCAGGGACUGGGACAGGCAGAGCAGACCCUUUCCAGCCACAUGUGAGCCCUGUGACCAGACACUUCCCUGGUCCCUAGGGUGGACUUCUUCAAGACUGAGUGGCACUGCUGUGUGAUUCAAGUUCAAAGGCAUCUUCCCUGGCCAGGUACAGACCCUGUUUGCACUUACACACACACACACACAUAAACACACACACACACACACACACAUACACAUGAACAUGGGCAGGUAACCAUGGCUGGUGUCCAUAUAGAUAUGUUCACUUCAUUCAUGCAUUCAUUCACUCCAUGAUUCAUGAAGCAGGCAAAUACCAACCUCCUAUUUCGUGGCAGGUGCUUUAUGAGGCACCAAGAUAAAGUAGUGAAUAAGAUAGACACAGAACCUUGCCUGGAGAAGUUUAGAAUCAGAGGGAAAGAGAAGCAUUAAAUUAGACAUUAAAAAAAGUGUGGGGUUAUGUUAGCUAUGGACACCAGCUAAAGCACGAGAAUAGAACCCUGAAGACCCUCUUCAGGGUCAGGUGCAACCCCCUGGGUUGUGAGAUCUUGGGGGCAUCUGAAAGAUCCUGUGUGAGGGGCUGGGUGACAGCAGCUGCUUACAACAGUGAAGAAGCAUUUCAGUAUUUUAACAACCUGAUACAACUGUACUUGCGAGUGCCAGCUGUAUACUGGCCCUGGAGAGAACAUCGAACAGGGGAGUAUGCAACCUGGAUCAGGUGUCAGGAGAUAUUUAAGCCGAGACCUGAGGAUGAAGUAAGAAAAAAGGAUUAGUGGGCAUUGCGGGUGCUGGAGAGGAUUCCAGAGAAAGUAAGAAACGCUUGGACAUGCCAGGACCCGUAAGUGAGAAAGAGCCUGGCAUAAUUAAGGAAAUACAAUUUUUUCCACUAACUCUGGCACAUGGAGUAUGAAGGGAAAAUCACUGUGAUGGGCUUGGAGAUUAACACGAUUAGGGGUCGUGUCAGCAACACUGAGAGGGCUGAGGGCUUAGUUUGUUGGAGAUUACAUUUCUACCACCCCAUGGCAUGGCAGAUUGAAGGAGAAAUUAAGUUCAACGUUCGAAAAAAAAUUUCAUUUCAUAUUCAUUCGAGAGUUUGACCCACCACGCAACCCUGCCAGCCGAGAAAGGCUCUGGGUGCAUGGAACACGUGCUCCUUCAUGUUUUUAGGUCUCUGCCUAAUGCCAGAUCCUCGGAGAGGUCUUUGCUGAUUCCUCCUUAUCAAACAGCCAUUCCUCCUUCAGGACCUGCUAGCAUCCUUUCCUCACUGCAUAUUUCUCACCGUACUCAGCCUGGACUCAUGAUAUAUAUUUAUUUAGGUGUAAGCUCCGUGAGAGGGGGGUCAUUGUUUCCCCAGCAUCUAGAACAGUCAUGGCCUUGGGGCCAGUGCUCAAUGAUGUUUGUUGAAUGGAUCUUGAAUGGAUGAAGAAAGACCCCAUGAAAGGCGGAGAGAAGGGCCAGCACCCAGGGAUGGAGAUAGCCUUUAGGAAGGGGAAAUGCUGCUUCCUUAUACGGGAGCCAAGAGAUGGUGGUGGGGAGGGGAAGGGGACAGAGGGGUUGUAGGCUUUGUGUGGGUGCUUGAGGUUGUUCCUUCCUGCCAACUGUACUUUUCCUUUAGAAGAAGGAGGCAAGACCAUAAGCUGAGAUGGAAGGCGUGGCUGAGGGAGGGGUUGGUUUGGGGAAAGUGAAGACGUUGUGUAGCCUAUGAACGAGUUGUUGAGAAAUAUCCGUAAGAUUGUCAAGCAGUGCUAGUGUCAGAGUCUAGUUGAGAGGGACUUAUGUAUUGGUACUAUUGUGACUGAUUACCUGGUUUCUCUCCAAAGGCGGCCAGCUGUCCAGGGGUGAGCAAAGAGCCGGCAGCCAGAUGAUUUUCCAGGGCUGAAGUUUUACAAGAGAGACGCAAAGUGAGAACAUCGAGGCAAAGGAGUGUUGGAUUUUUGGGAAUGAGUGGUUGACGUGCUGGACCAGGGAAUGGAAGCUGGAUACGGAGGGAGGGGGAGGGAGAAUGUAGCAAGUAGGGGAAAAUCUGGGAGUCAGUGAGUAGCAGACUCAACAAGGACAAAGCGCUGGUUUAUUGGGAGUAGCUGAGUGAGAGAGCUGGAUGGCCACGGCAGUGUUGGAGGGCAGGGAAUAUGCGUCUGAAUGUCUGAUUCAGGCUGGAUGGCUGAGGUGAUGAUCAGGUCUGGGGUUUGGUCAAGGGAUUAGGUUGUUCAAGGUCGCUGGAGACGAGGAGUUCAAGCUGUGUGUUGGAAGGGUUGUCUGCAUAAAGCACUGAAGUCACCUAGGGUGGUGGAGGAGCUUCAGGAGAGAGGAAGAUCAUGAGCAAAAGUCAAGGCUUUGACAGAUGAGAGGCAUAGUCAGGAGACUGCACAUGGCAGGGACAGCCUGGAAUCAGGUGGAAUCAGAUGGUCUUUCAUCUUGUCGGUGCAAGCUUGUUCCUCCCCCGACCCCCUGUGUAAGUGCCAUUGUUCUAAGUGCCAGAUAAAGAGUCAUUCAGUUUCUUCCUUGACAUAGAGCUGCCUCUGAAUUUUCUUUUCUGGGUUCCGUGCUUGGUUCUCUCCUCUUCUUCAUCUAUAUUCGUUCCUGGGUGACCUCACCAAGUGCCAGGGUUUUAAGCCCAAACUCUGUGCUGCCAGCUCCUACCUGUGUCUCCAGACUCUCGAGCUUCAGUCUAUUCAAAAUCUUCGCUAGGAUGUUCACAUGGAUCUCAGACUUAAAGUGUCCAGAACCAGAGUCUGCAUCCCCAAACUCUGCUUCUUCUUUACUCCUUUUAGAGAGUAAAUGGCAAUUCCAUCUUUUCAAUUGUUUUGGCCCCCAAAUCUGGAAGUCAUCCUUGACGCCACUCUCAAACCCACAUCCAAUCUAUUAUCCAUUUUUGACGGUUUGACCUUCAGCAGAGCCAGAAUCUGGCCACUGUCUGCUUCCACUGGAUCCAGCUUGCUCCACCCACUCCAUCUUGUCUCAUCUACAUUAUUGCCUCCUAACUGGUACCCUUACUUCCUCUCUUGCCCUGCUCUGGUCUGUUCUCUACCCAGCAGCCGGAGUGACAAUUUUAAAACUUAAAAGUCAUGUCAGUCUUCUGGUAAAAAAUUUCCUUUGGCUUUGCAUCUUAGUUGAAGAAAAAGCCAAAAUUCUAACCAUAGUCUACAGACCCUAUGUGAUCUAGCUGUGGAUACCACUGACUUAUCUCCUACCUCUUCAGCCUCUGUCCUACACCAUCCCUUGCUCUCUGCUCCGGCCACACUGCCCUCCUUGCUCUUUAUCAUACACACCAGGAAAGUCCUUACCGCGGGACCUUUGCACUUGCUGUUCUCGCUGCCUGUGAUAUCUUCGUUCAGAUACUUGCAUAAUUCAGUAGCUCACUUCUUUCAGGUCACUGCCCAAUGUCAUCAUUUCAGAGAAGACUACUCUGACCUCCCCCCUCACCUGGACUUAUUGUUGUUCAUAGGACUGACCACUCCCUGAUUUAGCCACGAUAGGCUAAAUAACGUUAUGGUAACAGAUCCCAAGGUGAAGUGGCUUAUAACAUAAAGGGUUAUCCAGUGGUAUGCUGAAGCCAGCUUGUACUGGAUCAGAAGAGCCAAUUGUUAAAUUUUCAGGAAAUUUAAGUCAGUGUUAAGCACGGUCAUUAUUAAAACUUAAAUUACAUAAACUUCCAAUUAACAAACAUUAAAAAUGAGGGCAGUACGUACUCAAAACACAUCAGAUCUCCAUUGUUUUACAACAUUUUACUAUUAUUAUUAAUGUAUAUGAAGUUUAUUAUUAU